UCUCGCGAACUCUCCUCCCAGCCUCGCACUGAGUCUGGGACCUGGCCCCGCGGCUGAACGGCACACACACGCAGAGCGCGCACCAUGGCAGCUACGCACGGCGAGUACCGAGGCUACCUGCGGAACGCCGCCGACAUGGAGGCCGGCCAGCACCGCUUCCACCCGGUGCAGAGCUCGGAGACCACGUACCGGCCGCUCCUGUUCGGGACCCUGGCCGUUAUGGGAUUGCUUCAGGUGGCUUCCAGCGUGGCGAUCUUAUUGCACCUGACGGGUUACCUGCAAGAGGUGGAUCUGUCCACAGCUCCACGUGGGCCGAUAGAGGAAGUGCAGACGGAGCCGGUGCUGAACGCCCUGAGGGACCCCAAGAGAAAACGCUGCAAAACGUCCAAAGAGAGCCUUCCAUCGGCUCACCUGCCCAUCCAGACCAAGACCAAGUACCCGCCGAAGCUGGAGGCCGUCGUCGUUAACUGGGACGGGGAGCAGCGGUACCGCAACAGAAUGGAGUACCAGGACAGCAAACUGCUGGUGGGCGAGUCCGGCUUCUACUACGUUUACACCAAGAUCUGCUUCCGCUACUACCGGCUGGACGGCGACAGUCCGACCCGCCCCCCGGUGGACGUCAGCAACACGCAGCUCAUCCAUUACGUCUACCACGAGAGCAGCAAGCACAAAAGCACGGCCAAGCUGAUGAAGACGGGCAGCACCAUGCACUGGAACCUCACCACCUACAACAUGUACUGCGCCCAGCAGGGCCGAGGGGUCCGGCUGGACCAGGGGGACGCCUUGUACGUCGAGGUGUCCAACGCUUGGAUGCUGGACCUGGAGGGAGAAGGGACGUAUUUCGGGGCCAUAAAGUUGGGUAACUGAAAAGGGAACGAGGUGGGGAGCGGACAUGCUACUGAACAUUCCAUACGCCAAAGAACCACUGUUAGCGAUCUUAGAGUGUUGACUAAGUUUGUUUUCUGUCUGUGUGUGUUUUUUUGUUGUUUUAACAUUGCUCUUCACCAAAUUGCCGAGUCGUGUGUGUGUGGGAGGGGGGCGGGGGGAGGUGAUGGAACAGCUUAUCGCCUAUUUAGAAACAUUUUAUUUGGUAUUACAACAUUUAGACUUAAGCACAAAUUAAACAUAUCGCGGGUGAUCAAACCAGCGAUAAGGGAUUUAUCCAUGUUGAAUCUUGGGAGGAGAGAUUUUCCAAAAAACAGCGUUGAGCAUCUGCUUCUAUUCAGCAGAUUAUAGCAGAAUAAAAAUGACUCCCGGGUCGGACCCACGGCAGGGACACACAAACGUUUAGCCAGUAGGCAACUAAUCGGCGGUUAGACGGUGAGUUAUAUCACCCUCCACAUCUCUAAAGAUUCGCUCUGACUCAGACUUUUGUUUCCUGAAGCGACGGAAGCCGUUUGAAAACAAGGUCAUGCGCGCCUGCGCUCCACAAACUCCACAAACUUGUAUUCCGCUUUUUGCGUCCUAAAGAAAUCCGAGAGCGGCCUGCUUCGUGAGGGCAAUUGUGCGACAAUGUCAUUUUAAACCAAGGUGGGAAUGACGAUCAACCAACAAUGCAGAUAGCUGGACUGUCUGACCAAAAAUCACAGCAAGGGACUCUUUGUCUUUUUUUAACUAGAGGAACCGAAUUGAGUUUGGUUCAUCUUUAACUUAAAUUUUGUUUUUCUUUUGGCUCUGCAGUGGGGUCAAUGGGAAUAUGCACUAAGUAUUUAUUUAUUAGCCGUAGAAGUACAGAGACAGGUCAUUGUUAAAGUGACCAUACAGCUGUAAAAAAAAAAAAAUACAUGUUAUGUUUUGUGUCUGUGUGACAUUCAUUAUGCAGCACUUAGGAAAGUAGUAGACACGCUUUUUGCUAUUAAAACACAGGGGCUCCAUUUAAAAUUCUAUAUUUAUGUAUCUUGAUUUUGACAAUUCUGUGUGCACUUGCCUAGCCAAAUGUGGAUGUGUUGCUCCUCCUACAAGACUGUAGCAUAAGAUCUUCAUCUGACUUCAUCUGCUAGAUUCUUUUUCCAUUUAGUGUUUUUAUUUUUUAUUUAUAUCUUUGUAUGUUUUAAUAAUAAAAAAAAAAACUACUUUUGUAA